UUCUCACCGGUCUCUUCGGCCUGAGUCAGUACCCGUGACCAACCCGAUUCGUCCUGUCUUAUACUUACAACCAGCAGACCGUUCUCUUCUCAGCAUCGCCUCGUUCGGCGUCCCGGCGGCGUUGGCGUUUGGCUUCGGAGCCGUGUUCAUGAUCUGUGCCGUUGGAGUCUACGUUUGAAUACCCGUUGUUUUCCAGAUACCCAUGUACCAUACACUGGAGAGUUUGAAACGAAGCAAAAAAGCGUUGUCUUCAUAACCACCACUUCUCUCUCUCUCUCUUUCUCUCUCUGUCAAUCCAACCUUCUAUCAUACCAUUAGCCCUCGACUCUACAUCAGUCGUGUCUAGCCAAAUCUAUCCCAAGAUUCCAUCACGAUGGACGCGGAACCCAUUUUCACUGCUAUCUCCAGCAAUGCCCAGCAACUCUACAUUCUCCUCCAGUGCAUCGGCUUCGCCUCGAAAGCCACCGUGCAAAUAACCCCGGACGGGCUCCGCUUCUCCGCAGAGGAGCUGCGCGUGAUCCAGGGCCUCGCCUUUCUCGAUAAAGCGCUCUUCGCCAGCUACACCUUCAACCCCCCUCCCGCACCAGCCGCAGACGACGACGACGACAACGACGAAGACAAUGACUCCAAUGACUCCAGUUCGGCCGCCAUCUACUACCCCUGCUUCGUGGUCUCCCUAUCCGCGCUUCUGGAAACCCUCCGAAUCCUCAGCAUCAACGACACCUACGCCGGCAGCAACGCCAGCCGCGCCUCCAGCGUCCAACCGAGCUACGCGCCCAGCUCGAACGCCUUCAACGCGCCAACACUACUCAUCGAACGCUCCUGCAUCAUCCGGUACCCAAGAGCAGGCGCCCCCCUCAGCAUCACCCUCACCGGCCCCGGCAUGAAAACCACCUGCAACCUGACCACCUACGAGCCGGAGGGCAGCGAGGUCGACAUCCCACUACAGCGCGACGCCGUGAACAUGAAGAUCAUCAUGCGCUCCGCCUGGCUGCACAACGCGAUCACCGAACUGGCCGCGACCAACCCCGCCGCCCUCAAGAUCUCCGCCUCCGACACCCAGGAACCCUUCUUCGCGCUGUCCGGCGCCGGCGGCCCCUUCAGCGAGUCCUCUGUAGAAUUCUCCGUCGACCAAGGCUCCACCAAAGCAUCCGCCUCAGCCCGAGACUCAACUGAGCACAGACCGCGAGCCAAGAAAGCGAGACUGGUGCCCACCGUCACAGAGACCUUUCUUGUCAGUCCGCCGUCGUCGUCGCUGGGCUCGCGCAUCCUGCAGAGCUAUAAGUUCAAGCUGAUCCAGAAAGCCACGCGCGCGAUGGCCGUGGCGAAUAAAGUGAGCAUCCGUGGCGAUCGCCAGGGCGUGUUGAGUCUGCAGUUCAUGAUCGAGUUUGAUCCCUAUGGCGGUGGGCUUAACACCCGUCCGCAGAAAGACGGUGGGCUUCCGCCCAUUGUGGCGUUUGUGGAUUUUCGCUUUGUGCCGUUGUUGGAUGAGGAGGGCGACGGCGAGGAUAAGGAUAAUGAACUGUUUGGUUUUUGAUCGUGUGUGUAUAGAUAGUAUAGUAGUAGUAUACUCCGUAUCAGGCUAGUGUGUAUUGAAGGUCGUG